AUGGCUCGCGUGGCCACCUUUUCCGACCCUCACUUUCCGCCCACUCUUGUGACCUAUUUGUGUUCUUGCGCCGCCGCACUCUUCGCCUUGCCCACAUCGCAGCCGCCGUCAGAAUCCUCAAUUGCCCGAUCUGGCUACGCCAGCUUCUGCGCUCCCCGCGGUUCCCCUCCGCCUCCGCACUGCUCCGCCUGCGCUGUCGUCAGCUGUGGUGCUGAGCUGACGACUGCGAGGCUCUGCGCCUCUGUGUGCGUAGGCCAGCUACGCUUCGCUGUGAGACUGCCCUGCGAAUGGGUUGCUGCGCAUGCCGCUCUCGGAGUGCGUAUGGUGAUCCCCCGACGCUAA